UGGGUUCUGUAUUUUCAGAACAUGGAUUUCGAAAACAAGUACCAGCAGGCUCCAGAACCCAAAUACGAGUGCUUGUUAUUUGAUCUGGAUGACACUUUGUAUCCAUUUAGUUCUGGACUGUCAGCGCUGAUUACCAAGAACAUUCAAGAAUAUAUGUUGCACAAGCUUCAUAUGGAGGAGAGUAAAGUUCCAGAAUUGUGUCUAUCACUUUACAAGGAUUAUGGGACGACUAUGGCUGGUCUGAAGGCACUUGGAUAUAAUUUUGACUACGAUGACUGUCAUGGUUUUGUUCACGGGACAUUGCCAUACGAUAUAUUGAAGCCUGACCCUGUAUUAAGACAUCUUUUACAGAGCCUUCCCAUCCGCAAGUGUAUAUUUACCAACGCAGACAAAGCUCACGCUGCUAGAGCUCUUGCGAGGCUUGGAUUGGAGGACUGCUUUGAUGGGAUUGUAUGCUUUGAGACUCUAAAUCCUACUGAUAAAAGUACUGCUUCACCUGAUGAGAAAGACAGUAAUUUGACAUGCCUGCAAACGAGGUCUGUUUCCCGCGAUGAAGCCUCUCUUUUUGGUGCUUGCUCUAUCGAUGUUGAUGCGGGUGUGAUGCUUCCUAAAACUCCAGUUGUUUGCAAGCCAUUUGAGGAGGCAUUUGAGCAAGCUUUUAAGAUUCUUAACAUAAACCCUCAGCGAACGGUGUUCUUUGAUGAUAGCGUCCGCAACUUACAGACUGGGAAACAAUUGGGACUUCAUACGGUGCUGGUUGGCACCGCUCACCGAACCAAGGGGGUUGACUACGCAUUGGAGAGCAUCCAUAAUAUCCGGGAGGCACUGCCAGAGCUCUGGGAAGCUGACAAGAAUUCUGAAUGCGUUAAGUAUUCAGGGGAGGUUGCAAUUGAGACAUCAGUGGAAGCCUAGUUGGAGCGAAAUGAACGAUGGACGAUAUUAAGACCUGUACUUUUAUCCUGUACACGCCUCCCUUACUUUUGCCGAUGUACCUCUAGGCUCUAACCACUUAUCUUUGUAAGGAAAAUAAAAGGAAAAUAAAAGAGAGUCCACUGCUUCUUUCCCAUCA